AUGUCAGGCUAUUACGUUGGACCUUUCGGUCGUAUGUUACCCGGCGCAGACGGUCCAUCCUCGGAGCAGCAACCGGAACGACCAGCUAAUUUCCCAGAACCCGCCCAUGUUCCUUAUCAACUUCCUCCUCCACGAGCACCCGCCAAUCUACAGUUUGGGACAGAUCCUUUUCUGCGGCAGCGCCAGCAGGCAGAGCAUGUCGAGGCAGGUAGAGGCCCACCGGCAGAUGCAACAUCUCAACGCCAAAGAACCGAGCCACUUCCAUCCGUUCGCCAGUUACUGACCCCAGUGACGGGACCAAACUCUCCUCCUUCCUACUCUCAGCCAUUCGGGACUCCCAGUUCAGCCGCUGAGCACCGCGAUUCAACGUACCCUUUCCGCCACCAUGAGCCUCCCCUCCCCUCCCAACUCUCGCCCACUGCCGUGCACGAUAGAGCCAAAGGUCGCUCUGAAUCCCUGCCGCGAUCGCAGACGGGGAGCCUGCCGCCAUUGUCGCAGGUGGCCAUGCAGAGCCCCGGGGAUAUCAGGCACCACGCAGCGACACGCAGCGACCCUUCUGCCACGUCUUCCCAGCAUGAUCAGGUGCCCUUGCACGGUACACCCUUCCACGAAAAAUCCCACAGCGGGAGUUUAUCAUCGCCGGACGCUGCAAAUCGAGCAGUCCCCGCGGUGCAGCCUCAUGUGGUGGAUGAGCGGUACGUUGAGGGAGAAGGGAUUUGCUACGUGUAUGCGGAUGGGUCGCACUGCCCCAAAUCCAUCAAUGGCAUCCCCGUAAAUGCGAACUGGGGCAUCACCAAGGCUGGGAAACCGAGAAAGCGGCUGGCUCAGGCCUGUCUGACUUGCCGAGAGAAGAAGAUCAAGUGUCACCCGAACCUCCCCAAAUGCGACCAGUGCCAGAAAUCAGGGCGGGAAUGCCGGUUCGAGAAUGCCCCCCGUGGGAGCCGCGCUUCUAUCCGAGGGCCGCAGUCCGGCAGAUAUGAUGCAAGAGAGGGCCUGCCUCUUGGGAGCUACGCCGCUUCGGACGCUUCUCCAUCCCUAUACAACAUCGUCCGAGCCUCGGACAGUGCGACCUCUCUCCCAGGGACCAAUGGACACUCACCAAUGUCUGAAGGCUCGAUGCUCGCGCCGUCUGCAGGGGAAAGCAACUAUGAGGGCACAGCAGACGCUGACCGAGUGUGUAGACCCCAAAUGUCUAGGUUUCCUCAGCCCUUCCCGGGCACCGCGGGCGCUCUCACAAGACCAGUCGAGCAUUUCGAAUCUACUCGGCUACCCGAAUACUCGGAGAUCCUAGGCGAGCUGAAGGAAACCAACCCGGACGACCCCCUCGUAAGCUCUUGGAGGCUUGAUCCAUACGAAACCGAUCCCGAGACGACUAUGCAUUAUGCCGAAUGCUACCUUUCGCACGUGAAUAUCGGCCUGUACCGUAUUUUCCCUCAUGCAGGAUUUGUUCUGUGGUUGAAGUCGUGUCACACCAAGUCUGCUGAGGACAAGAUGUUGCUCUAUGCGAUGAUGGCCCUGGGUGCUGUGUUUUCAGACCAGCCUGAUAGAGUGGUGGUACUAAGACGUUUUUCUCGCAUCGCACGUUUUGCUAUUCACCAGAGCCAGCAUACUUUGUCACUACAGCUCGCUCAGAGCUAUCUCAUCAUGAGCUUUUGGUACUAUGCGACAGGUUCCUUGGUUGGUGCCUGGGACGCAAUUGGUGCCGCGGGACGCGCAGUUUGUGGGCUGCGGUAUAACGUGGAGUCUGGGGGAGUGAUUGUGGACCAAACCCAGGUCUGUGACUAUGGAUUGCAUCCGCAGGCAUUGAUUGAGUGUCGGCGUCGAACGUUUUGGGCCGCAUUUGUGCUGGACCGAUUCUCCAGCUUCUUAUCCACGUCGUCCACUUUUAUCUCCUCUGACGCAGCUCUGCUUCGGCUGCCGUACCGCGACGACGUCUACGAGGCUCAGCAGUAUGCGAUGGCGCCAUAUUUCCAGCGCUUCCUCAACCAGAACCCAGUGUCGCCAGAGAAUGACCGGUCUGCGUUGAGCACCAUGGCCUUUUUGAUCGAAAUUAUGGCUAUCUGGGGCGAUGUAUCCCUUCACGUCUUCCGGCUCCCGCACAUUCCCUCCGACUCAUAUGCCCAACUUGUUGAAGAAUUCCACACCACGAUCAUCCGACAGACAGACGGCUGGCGAGCCCGACUACCCGAAUUCAUGACUUUCUCCGCAAUCAACCUGGAACGAAAUAUCCGCGCCCGCGACGCAGACACCUUCAUCCCGAGCCACCUGUUCUACCACGCUACGCUAAUGAAACUCUACCGCCACGCCCGACACCAAACCCUGCGGCCUGAGGUCCUGGCCCAAUACAUCCACCGAGCCCGAUACCAUGCCGUAGAGAUCCUGCGAAUCGCCCUAGCCUUCGACCAAUACUCCACUGAGCUCACACCGUCGCGGCCUAGCCCAGACAACAACACCCCCUCCGGAAAGACGACACUCCUGAACCCGUUCUCAGGCUAUGUCAUUCUCUCGGCAGUGGAUGUCCUCAGCGCAGCUGGCUGGGUCGCCGAGCUGCCCGAGUGCAUCUCGUUCAUCCGCGGCGCCCUCGCUGCCGUCCAGAAACUUGCCCGGUUCUGGGAUAGCUCGCUGCAGGUGGUUGCGGUGCUUCAGCGCCGCUUAGGGCUGUUGGUUGAUGUUCUUAAUGACCGCGCCCGCGUCGAGGAUCGGCCGGGCUUUGCGCUGCAUGGGCCCACGCUCGAGACUAAGGUCCAUGCCAUGGCGUUGCCGUCUUAUCCUCCUGCUGCGCUAGGCGAGGAUCUGUUUGCGGGGGCUAUGCCGCGGGCUGCUCUGCUUAAUACUUUGUGUGUUGAUGAUGUUGCUCUCUCGGAAAACAGUAUUGUCUGGAUCUAUGAUCGUUGA